AUGAGUCUUGUGAUUGAGCGCAUUUGGUAUUCGGGAGAAGACGAGAAAGAAAAAGAAUCAGAACAAGCAGGAAAAGAAGUAGAGAAAGAAGAAUUCAAAGAAGAAGAUAGUGAUUCAGAAUGGGAAUGUAAAAUUUCAGAACCAGAAUGGGAAGAUUAUGAUUCAGAUCCAGAGUAUGGUCUUGACCUUUCCUCGAUGGCUAUUUCCAGAUCGUACAUUACCACCACUUUCAAUGAGUCAAGUAAUACGAUUAAUCAAUUUACUUGGUUCCAAUUUGAACUCUCUGACCCUUCGCUUUUUCUUGCAUCUCAAUAUUGUCCUGGAUAUCACAUGAAAGAGAUCGACUGGUUAAACGUACCAAUGUUAAAGAACAUUGGAACAAUUGUUACAGACGUAUUUUUAAGUGGAGACAAAUGGCAACGUGCACUAAGAUUUGCUGAUGGAAAGGCUUUUAAAAGUGUACCUCAUGUUAAACAUAUCUUUUUUAUUGGGACCCCAUUCCCCGAUACUUAUGCUCAUUUAGUUAGACUCUUUGAUGCAAAUGGAGUACAAUCUCAUCUUGUAAAGGGUUCAUCUUGGGAUACAGCUAUGGAUCUCACCCAAACAUGCUAA